AUAGACUUCAUACAUUAUCGGUCAUGAUCCAUUCCGUAUUGAUAUUCAACAAUGAUGGGUUACCCAGAUUAAUGAAGUUCUACACUCCGGUAGAUAUCCCGACACAACGAUUAUUAUUACAACAAGUAUACCAAUUAAUAUCCAUAAGAACAUCUCAAGAAUGUUCAUUCAUAACCCCUCCCUCAUUACUUGCAGAUUUAGAUGAUAUUAAAGUCAUUUAUAGACAUUAUGCCACCUUAUACUUUGUGUUUAUAGUGGAUGAUCAAGAAUCGGAAUUAGGGAUUCUCGAUUUAAUUCAAGUAUUUGUAGAAUGUUUAGAUAAAUGCUUUUCUAAUGUAUGUGAAUUGGAUUUAGUGUUUGGAUGGCAAGUAUUACAAACGGUAUUAGAAGAGAUUGUUCAAGGAGGAAUGGUUAUAGAUACCAAUAUAGGACGAAUUGUGGCAGCAGUGGAUGAAUCCAAUAGUCAAAAGAGUUCUACAGUAAAUAGUACUGUUGGAGGGUUAAGUUCGACCAUUUUACAUGCCAUAUCAAGGGAUAGAGGAUUCUGGGGGCGAUAAUGUAAUGUAAUGUACC